AUGGCCUUUCGUUCUGAUCAAGGUGUGUUUGCUUUGCAGAUUACCCAAGAGCACUACAUCCUGGCAUCGCAGUCUCUCCACCUGCCCCGGCCUGGCUGUGAGGGGAACGGUUGCGAGGGGGGCGGUCCGGGCGUGGUGUACGGCUGGAGGAAGAGGGGGCUCUACUUCUUCCUGCUCCUCCUCCUCGUCACUAUGAUCGUCAACCUGGCGCUCACCGUGUGGAUCCUCAAGGUCAUGAACUUCUCUAUGGACGGGAUGGGCAGCCUGAAGUUGAACCAGGAUGGCAUCCGGGUGGAGGGGAAAUCCGAGUUUCUGUCUCCUCUUUAUGUGAAUGAGAUCCAGUCCAGAGGGGAAGGUUUAUUUGUCCUGAAGUCUGAGAAGAACGUGACAUUAAACGCACGAAAUGACCAGGGACUACUGACGGGUCAGCUGACCGUAGGACCAGAGUCUGUGGAGGCCCAGUGUCAGAGACUGGAGGUGCGCAGCAGUGAAGGAGGAAGACUUCUGUUUACUGCAGAGGAAGAGGAAGUCGUCAUGACAACAGAGAAAUUCACCAUUACAGGCUCUGAAGGAGCAGUUUUUGGUCAUUCAGUGGAAACCCCCUUAAUCCUGGCCAAGUCCACAGAAGACCUCAAGUUGGAGUCUCCCACACGGACUCUGACCAUGGAGGCUCCGCGGGGGGUGGAGGUGAGCGCGGCGCAAGGCUUUCUGCAGAUCAGCGGCAGAAAAGACCUGCAGCUGGAGUCCACAGAAGGAGAGAUACUUCUAGAUGCCAACAUUAUCCAGCUGGGGAAUCUUCCACUUGGCACGUUUUCGAAGUCCCCACCCCAGGCGGCCUAUGAACAGUCCAUAUACGAGGUCUGCGUUUGCCCCAGUGGGAAAGUCUACUUAUCUCCGGCCCAAAGUAGCUCUACCUGCCAAAUAAUGAACAAUAUCUGCCUUUGGAGUUGA